UCAUAACACAAUAUUCAAAUUCUGCGAAUAUAUUAAAUAGUUUUAUUAUUGAUAUUUUAUUUAUGAAACAAAUUAAAAGCUAGGUUAUAUACAUGAUUCCAGUAUUGAAGAAUUUAGCUACCAGAUUAAUCCAUCUCAAUUUGACUGCAAAAGGCGCAAUAACACAUUACAACAACUAUUUCACAAUGAGUGAUAAAACAGUGAGUGCAUUGAUGAUUCGGCUGGAGGAUGCAGAGAAGACCAUCAAUAUGCUCCAAAAGGAGGUGCAUCUUAUUAAAAAGGAACUAAACAAAAUAAAUGUACCAAGCCGUUCAUAUUCCACAGGCAACAAACGACCAUUGGAUGAUAUCCCGGACAUUGAUUUUGACUUGAAGAGGGUGAAAGGAGAGUUUUGCAAAGAGAAUGAUUGCGUGGUUGUUUACACAGAUGGGGCUUGCUCUAAAAAUGGUUUUGCUGGAGCUAAAGCUGGGAUUGGCGUGUGGUGGAGUGAAAAUCAUCCUUUGAAUGUUUCGAAAAGCACCGCGAGAAGGAACACCAAUAACUCUGCUGAAAUUCAGGCUUGCACCGAGGCGUGCAAUGUGGCCGCACAGAAUGGGAUUGAUAAGCUUGUUAUUAAGACGGAUUCGCAAUUCGUUAUCAAUUGCAUGACCAAAUGGAUAAAGAAUUGGAAGAAAAAUAAUUGGAAAACGGCUGCCGGGAAGCCGGUUAUUAACAAGGAGGAUCUAUUGGAGCUUGAGAAAAGUAGCCAACUUUUGAAAUUGGUUAAAUAUGAAUACGUUCCUGGACAUAAGGGAGUUGCCGGAAACGAGGGAGCUGACAGACUUGCAGUAUUAGGCGCUGAAAAGUGAUAUUUUAUGAUUCUCAUUUUGGAGCUCUACAAAUAUUAUUACUUUCCAUACAGUCUACAUAUUUGUGAUUGUUAAACAUGUUCCAAAUUUUUAUUAAA